CCAGGAAACAGGUUGCCAUGUUCUAUAAAUACAAUGCUGCCGACGAACUCAACAAGAAAACGUGCCAACGACUUGCCCAAUCGAUCUGUUCAAGGUUUCGUCUCUUGUUUGCGCUCUUAUUUUCCUCUGUAAACUCAACUUACUAAGAAAAUGGCCAAAGUGCAAGUAACUUUCCUUGUGCUGUUGAUCCUUGGACAACCUUUGGCAGCAAAUGCUUUUCUUGGAGAGGUGAUUGGAGCGGUCGCCGGUGUGGCUGCAGUUGGGGUACUUGGACCAUUCGCACUGGCUGGGCUAGGAUUCACAACAGCUGGAAUCACCGCAGGCUCCAUUGGAGCUUCCAUGAUGGCUGCUGGUGUGCCAGUGGCUGUCCUGCAAUCUGCUGGAGCGGCUGGAAUUUCGUAUUCAGCAAUGGUGGCUGGCGGAGCCAUUGGCGCCGGAGCGGCUCAUGGUGCUAAACACAUACUUGAUGAAGAUUAAUCUGAAAUCAUGACAAGAUGUUUAAAUUGUAAAUCUUUUUAUUUACAUUAAAAUGUGUAUAGCAUAGAGAUAUGUAAUUAUUACGUAAUCAUCAUCAAAGCUGCAUAACGAAUGUAGCCUAAUUAAAAACAUGAUCAAAUGUCUUUAUAUAUUUUGAUACAUUCAUAUGUUAUAGACCAGUUUUAAAACUAUUUCUUUCUGCUUAUGUGACUUACAAAUUAAUAGAAAACAAACGUGACUAAAGGAUGAUAGAUACAAAUUAUGCCUAUACGUUAAAUACACUGUGAUCAAACUAAUACUAAUUUACAUUUUCUGUAGGCAAGAUUUUGUUUUAGAAAUAUGAACAAAGGGAGACAGAUCCCGAUUUAUAAAGAAAAUUUCACUUUUAUUGUUUACUCAAUUUUUUUUUCGGCUCCUUCCUCCCAAGCCCUAACUUAUAUUUUAAAGAUAUUUAUGCGCCUAUAACGAACAUAUUCGCACAUUGAAUGUGAACGUUGUAGACAUUGUAUUAGUAACAUAAUACUUACAACAUAAAUAUAUGAAAUAUAUGAAAUAGUAAUAAUGAACUUAUACUUACCAGUAUGGCGAUAUUGCUGAUUUUUUUCUAAUUCAACUUCCUAACCACUUACAUAGCAAUAAGGUUAAUCGUUAAACGUAGAAAUAUUUGGCCUAUAUAGAGAAGAUCAUGUGCUAGCUUUUUUUUAAAAUGUAAUAUCAUUUAUUAUAAGAAUGCUUAGGCGUUACUUUACGUUAUAUAAUUUUUUUAUUAUACAAGUUAGAAUCAAAUGGCUUUUUUUUUUUUAAAUAAAAAUACAUUUUUCAUA